AUGUGGCGCGUCUGUGCGCGGCGGGCGCGGGAUGCGGCUCCCGGGGCGGGGCUCGCGGCUCGGUGGGCCGCCCUGCGGGAGGGGCCGGGGGCCCCGAUCGUCGCCCCGCGGGGCGGCCCGGGCCCGGCCCCGGCUCGGUGCCGCAGCGCGACCCCCGGGUCCGGCGGUGUCCGCUCCGUCUGCGGCUGGCGCUCCGGCCCGUGGACCGCGCCGCGGGGCCGCUUCCUGCAGGCGCUGUUGGGGCCGCCGGGCCGCCGCUGUUACAGCCUACCCCCGCACCAGAAGCUUGCGUUGCCUUCUCUUUCCCCCACCAUGCAAGCAGGCACCAUAGCCCGUUGGGAGAAAAAGGAAGGGGACAAGAUCAAGGAGGGCGAACUCAUUGCAGAGAUUGAAACUGAUAAAGCCACUGUGGGAUUUGAGAGCAUGGAGGAGUGUUACAUGGCAAAGAUUCUUGUUGCUGAAGGCACCAGAGAUGUUCCAAUUGGAUCGGUCAUCUGUAUCACGGUUGAAAAACCUGAGGAUGUUGAGGCCUUUAAAAGUUAUACAUUGGACUCGGCAGCACCCGCCCCACAAGCAGCCCCAGCACCGUCCCCUGCUGUCGCUUCUGCGCCACCUACACCUUCUGCUCCACCUACACCUGCUGCUCAGGCUCCUGGUAGCUCGUAUCCCACUCACAUGCAGGUGCUGCUUCCUGCCCUCUCUCCCACCAUGACCAUGGGGACAGUUCAGAGAUGGGAAAAAAAAGUGGGUGAGAAGCUAAGUGAAGGAGACUUAUUGGCAGAGAUAGAGACUGACAAGGCCACUAUAGGUUUUGAAGUACAAGAAGAAGGUUACCUGGCAAAAAUUCUGGUCCCAGAAGGCACAAGAGAUGUUCCUUUAGGAACACCACUCUGUAUCAUUGUAGAAAAAGAGGCAGAUAUAGCAGCAUUUGCUGACUAUAGGCCAACUGGAGUACCUGAUUUAAAGCCACAAGCACCACCACCUUCCCCUCCCUCGGUGACCCCUGUUCCUCCAACUCCCCAACCUGUAGCCUCCACACCAUCAGCCCCCCGCCCGGCUGCUCCUGCUGGACCGAAGGGAAGGGUGUUUGUCAGCCCUCUUGCAAAGAAAUUGGCAGCAGAGAAGGGGAUUGACCUUACACAAGUGAAAGGGACGGGACCAGAAGGCAGAAUCAUCAAGAAGGACAUCGACUCUUUUGUGCCUACGAAAGCUGCCCCUGCUCCAGCAGCUGCCCCGCCUCCCCCAGCUCCAGGAGUGGCACCAGUACCGACAGGUGUCUUCACAGAUAUCCCAGUCAGCAACAUUCGCCGAGUUAUUGCACAGCGGUUAAUGCAAUCUAAGCAAACCAUACCUCAUUAUUACCUUUCUAUUGAUGUCAAUAUGGGAGAAGUUUUGUUGGUACGGAAAGAGCUUAAUAAGAUGUUAGAAGGGAAAAGCAAAAUUUCUGUCAAUGACUUCCUCAUAAAAGCUUCAGCUUUGGCAUGUUUAAAAGUUCCUGAAGCAAAUUCUUCUUGGCUGGACACAGUUAUAAGACAAAAUCAUGUUGUCGAUGUCAGUGUUGCAGUCAGUACCCAAGCAGGACUCAUCACACCAAUUGUAUUUAAUGCACACAUAAAGGGCCUGGAAACCAUUGCUAAUGAUGUUGCUUCUUUAGCAACCAAAGCUCGAGAGGGUAAACUACAGCCACAUGAAUUCCAGGGUGGAACUUUUACGAUUUCCAAUUUAGGAAUGUUUGGAAUUAAGAACUUCUCUGCUAUUAUUAACCCACCUCAGGCCUGUAUUUUGGCCAUUGGUGCUUCAGAAGAGAGACUGGUUCCAGCAGAUAAUGAAAAGGGAUUUGAUGUGGCUAGCAUGAUGUCUGUUACACUCAGUUGUGAUCAUCGGGUUGUGGAUGGAGCAGUUGGAGCCCAGUGGCUUGCUGAGUUUAGAAAGUACAUUGAAAAACCUGUCACCAUGUUGUUAUAA